CCCUCCUCUCCCGGCUGCUCGCGUUUCCUGCCGCUCGGGCUCUCUCGGCCCUUAAAAGUUCUUCCCAACUUUUCCUCCCCGAGCGGGCGCAGGCAGGGGGCAGGUUGCUGCGCUCCUGCUCGCCCUGCCGCCUGCCCUCCCGGCUCAGGUCCUCCCGGAGCGGCAGACCCAGAGUGGCCGCUGGCGGUCCCUCCCCUCCCACUUGAGCCAUCCUCCCCUGCCUCCCGGCCUCGGCCCCCCUUUAUUCCCCACGUCGGGCGGGACACCCUGCGGCUUAGGUGGCUUUCCUUUUCUCCAGCUCCGUGCGCCCCUGCGCCGACUCUAGCGCCCGGAUCUCGGCGGAACCCUCCCUCCCCUUUCGCCUCCUCUGGCUCUUUCCCUUCGCCCCUCCUCCGCCAGCCACUGGAAUCAAUUCCUUGGGGAAUUGAGGCUCCGCCGCCGCAGCGGAGGGACAGCCUUUCUGCGCGGGACUCCGGGGCUCCGACGGGGCCAUGUAAGCAGUUCCUUCCCUUAUUGUCUGCCAAGGGAAUUGAUGAGCCCUAAAUUCGUAUAUUCAGAGGAUUAAUCCUGACACUUGCACUAGAUUCACCUUUGGCCCACCCCGCAGAGUGCCACACCGGGCAUGGACACCUUUUCCCGCGUCUGGAGGAGCACGGCUGGUAGUGCCAUCGCCGGGUCCCAAAACUGCUAAGGCCACCCCAGGGACGUGGGCGCCAGACUAGGAGGGCGGCACCCGAGGGCCAGAGCCAUGCCUUUCGGCCUGAAGCUCCGCCGGACACGGCGCUACAACGUCUUGAGCAAGAACUGCUUUGUCACCCGCAUCCGCCUGCUGGACAGCAAUGUCAUCGAGUGCACGCUGUCAGUGGAAAGCACGGGGCAGGAGUGCCUGGAGGCUGUGGCCCAGAGGCUAGAGCUGCGGGAGACGCACUACUUUGGCCUCUGGUUUCUCAGCAAGAGCCAGCAAGCACGAUGGGUGGAGCUGGAGAAACCUCUGAAGAAACAUCUGGACAAAUUUGCUAAUGAGCCUCUGCUUUUCUUCGGAGUCAUGUUCUAUGUGCCAAAUGUGUCAUGGCUUCAGCAAGAGGCCACGAGGUAUCAGUAUUACCUGCAAGUGAAAAAAGACGUGCUCGAGGGGCGAUUGCGGUGCACGUUGGAACAGGUGAUUCGGCUGGCCGGCCUAGCUGUGCAAGCUGAUUUUGGAGACUAUAACCAGUUUGAUUCUCAAGAUUUCCUCAGAGAAUAUGUGUUGUUUCCUAUGGAUUUGGCCCUGGAAGAGGCUGUGCUGGAGGAGCUGACACAGAAGGUAGCCCAAGAGCACAAAGCCCACAGUGGAAUCCUGCCAGCCGAAGCUGAGCUCAUGUACAUCAACGAAGUGGAGCGUUUGGAUGGAUUUGGGCAGGAAAUCUUCCCUGUGAAGGACAAUCAUGGAAACAGUGUGCACCUGGGCAUUUUCUUUAUGGGGAUUUUCGUGAGAAACAGAAUUGGAAGACAAGCAGUCAUACACAGGUGGAACGAUAUGGGGAAUAUCACGCAUAACAAGUCGACCAUUCUGGUGGAGCUCAUCAACAAAGAAGAGACUGUGCCCUUUCACACGGAUGAUAUUGAAAAUGCCAAGUACAUUUCUCGGUUGUUUGCUACACGGCACAAGUUUUACAAACAAAACAAAAUCUGCACUGAACAAUCAAAUUCUCCACCCCCCAUCAGACGCCAGCCCACCUGGAGCCGAUCCUCUCUGCCCCGGCAGCAGCCCUACAUCUUGCCUCCGAUGCACGUCCAGUGUGGCGAACACUACUCGGAAACACACACUUCGCAAGACAGCAUUUUCCAUGGGAACGAAGAUGCCUUCUACUGCAACUCUCACAACAGCCUGGACUUAAAUUAUUUAAACGGCACCAUCACCAAUGGCAGCGUGUGCAGCGUCCACAGCGUCAACUCCCUGAACUGCUCCCAGAGUUUCAUCCAGGCAUCGCCUGUCUCUUCCAACCUCAGCAUCCCCGGGAGUGACAUCAUGCGGGCUGACUACAUCCCAAGCCACCGGCACAGCGCGAUCAUCGUGCCGUCUUACCGGCCGACCCCCGAUUAUGACACGGUCAUGCGCCAGAUGAAGAGGGGGGUCAUGCACACGGACAGCCAGAGCCAGUCGCUGCGCAACCUCAACAUCAUCAACACCCACGCCUACAAGCAGCCGGAGGACCUGGUGUACAGCCAGCCCGAGAUGCGGGAGCGGCACCCCUACACUGUCCCCUACGGGCCGCAGGGGGGCUACAGUAACAAACUUGUCGGCCCGUCUGACCAGAUAAACCCAAAGAAUAGCUCAGUGCCCUGCAAGCCAGGGGCCAGUGCCAUCUCCCACACAGUGAGCACCCCAGAGCUGGCCAACAUGCAGCUCCAGGGCGCCCAUAACUACAACACGGCCCACAUGCUCAAAAACCAUCUCUUCAGGCCUCCGCCCCCCUACCCACGGCCCCGCCCCGCCACCAGCACCCCAGACCUGGCCAGCCACCGCCACAAGUACGUCAGCGGCAGCAGCCCCGACCUGGUCACCCGCAAAGUGCAGCUGUCCGUGAAGACCUUCCAGGAGGACAGCGCCCCCGUGGUGCACCAGUCGCUGCAGGAAGUGAGCGAGCCGCUCACGGCCACCAAGCACCACGGCGCGGUGAACAAGCGCCACAGCCUGGAGGUGAUGAACAGCAUGGUGCGGGGCAUGGAGGCGAUGACGCUCAAGUCGCUGAACAUCCCCAUGGCUCGCCGCAACACGCUCCGGGAGCAGGGGCCGCCCAAGGAGGCGCCCGGGGGCCACGAGGUCCCCCAGCUGCCCCAGUAUCACCACAAGAAGACCUUCUCGGACGCCACGAUGUUGAUCCACAGCAGUGAGAGCGAGGAGGAGGAGGAGACCGCGGAGCCGGUGGCGCGGAUCCCUGGGCUCCGCGACAACAUGGAGUACAGCGCCCAGCUGCAGGCGGCCUUAGCCCGCAUCCCCAACAAGCCCCCUCCGGAGUACCCCGGCCCGAGGAAGAGCGUCAGCAACGGGGCGCUGAGACAAGACCAGGUCAGCCUGCCCCCCGCCAUCGCCAGGGCCAGGGUGCUGCGGCACGGGCCGGCCAAGGCCAUCAGUGUCUCGCGACCCGAGCAGCUGGCCGUCAACGGGUCCUCCCUGGGCCCGUCCAUCUCCGAGCCCGACCUGACGAGCGUGAAGGAGCGGGUCAAGAAAGAGCCCGUGAAGGAGAGGCCUGUGUCCGAGAUGUUCUCGCUGGAGGACAGCAUUAUAGAAAGAGAGAUGAUGAUCCGGAAUCUAGAGAAGCAGAAGAUGGCAGGCCUGGAGGCGCAGAAGAGGCCGCUGAUGUUGGCAGCGCUGAAUGGACUCUCGGUUGCUCGGGUCUCGGGGCGGGAAGACAGUCGAGUCGACGGCAGCCGGAUUCCUAUGGACGAGAGGUUCAGAACCCUGAAGAAGAAGCUGGAAGAGGGAAUGGUGUUCACAGAAUAUGAGCAAAUCCCAAAGAAAAAGGCGAAUGGCAUUUUCAGCACAGCGGCUCUGCCAGAGAAUGCUGAGCGCAGCCGGAUCCGCGAAGUUGUUCCCUAUGAGGAGAAUCGAGUGGAGCUGAUACCGACCAAAGAAAAUAACACAGGUUACAUUAACGCCUCCCAUAUCAAGGUGGUGGUUGGCGGGGCAGAAUGGCACUACAUCGCCACUCAGGGGCCCCUGCCGCACACGUGCCAUGACUUCUGGCAGAUGGUGUGGGAGCAGGGAGCCAACGUGAUCGCCAUGGUCACCGCGGAGGAGGAAGGCGGACGAACGAAGAGCCAUCGAUACUGGCCCAAGCUGGGCUCCAAGCACAGCUCAGCCACCUAUGGCAAGUUCAAGGUCACCACCAAGUUCCGAACAGAUUCUGGUUGCUAUGCAACCACAGGCUUGAAGGUCAAGCACCUUUUGUCUGGGCAGGAAAGGACGGUGUGGCAUUUGCAAUAUACCGACUGGCCAGAUCACGGCUGCCCCGAGGAUGUCCAAGGAUUUUUGUCCUACUUGGAGGAGAUCCAGUCGGUGCGUCGCCACACCAACAGCAUGCUGGAGGGCACCAGGAACCGGCACCCUCCCAUCGUGGUCCACUGCAGCGCCGGCGUGGGCAGGACCGGCGUGGUCAUCCUCUCUGAGCUCAUGAUCUACUGCCUGGAGCACAAUGAAAAGGUGGAAGUGCCCAUGAUGCUGAGGCUCCUCAGGGAGCAGAGGAUGUUCAUGAUCCAGACCAUCGCUCAGUACAAGUUUGUCUACCAGGUCCUCAUUCAGUUCCUCCAAAACUCCAGACUCAUUUAACCCCCGGACCCAGCUCCUGGAAGAGGGACCUAGCUCCGUCUUGCAGAUGGGGAGGCAUCUCCAGACAACACCUCUUCCCCCAGCAGGGCAUGGAGGGCUGGAGCCGGCAGGACACGGGCUCUCUCAUGACGAGAGCCAAGAUUAUUCAUAAACAUCAUGUAUUAUUUUAUAUGAGAUAAUUUAUUUUUUUCCCCUUUGGGAUAACUUUUGUGAAUCAUUGUAAUUGCAGUUUUCACAGUAAUGUAGUGCUUUUCAUUUGAACCACAUUUUGACUGAUCUGCAUUGUAACGCGUCGGUAGGGAAGGUCGCCUGGUGGAUCGUUUUGGGGACAGAGGCAGGAGGGAACACAUCCCUGGUGAGGUUGCAGCCAGAUGGCUAACCAACCCUGAAAUUCAUCAGCUUAAUUGCUCAUGUCCAAAUCGAAGAUGGCAAGAAAAUGAACUCAUUCUAAAAUAUAAAGACUAGGGCCAAGGUCUUUUUCUGAAGGAAAGAACACUAUUCUCUUAUAUUUUCGGCUUGGAAGCCUUGAUGGACAGAUUCUUCCCGUCUUACUUUCUGUCCUUACACUUAGUAGUCUUCCCCUGCCCCCUUCUCCAACCUUGAGUAAAAGAGCAGCUAGAGGAAACGCUGCCUUCACAGUGUAAUAAUCGUUGCCCAGGCUGAAUGAGGAGCUUUGUUUUCAUCUUUCUUGACCACCCCUUAAUCCGAGCUCUGGAGCCUAAGUUUCCUUGCUGGGGCCUGCACCCUCAGUAUUUGCAGCUUCUCAUUUGCUCAGUGGGCAUCAGGCUGGUGGCCUUGGAGGCCCUGGGCCAGGCCAUCUGUGCAGCUCGGCCUCUUGCCUGAUUGAUAGAAGAUAAUGGAGCAGAGUGAGAAGAGAAAGGAGACAGGAAGGCCCUUCCUACUGUUUAUUCAUGAUGUGUAUGCUGGAUGGGGGUGUUCUGUCUGUCCAUCAGCCACUAAGUCAUUAGAAAGGUUGUAAAGGAAACAUGUGGGAAAGCUGAUUUAUGGGAGCUGUUUGACACUCUGCAGGGCCCUGGCCUGGAGCCAUACCAAGCGCUGGUGCCAUGUCUAAACUUUGGUCUGUGAGAGCAGAACUAAGCCCACUCGGCCCUGUUGCUGACGUCUUGGCCCACACGAUGGAAGAUGGUGGAGUUCAUCUCGCACAGAGUUUGCUGGUCCCUCCUUUUCUCCAUCCAACCCCCUCUGGUCAUUUGUGGUGUCAGCGCUGCCUUCAGUGAAGCUUGGUUCUCACUUUGUCUCUUCCUGGGCCUCCACUGGUCACUGUCCUUCGGAAUGUCUUAGGUUAGUACACAAAUAUCCAUGCAUUUUCCAUCUUGCUGAAUUUGGGUGGGGAUGCCCCUCUUCUCUGGUUUUUCUUGAAUGCAACUCUUAAAUUGUGGUUUUUGUUCUUUGACUUGAUCCCUGUGGUGGUCCACCAUGCCUCUUCCUUCCACAGCUGCUUUUAUUUCUUCUUUUUCUUUUGUCUUCUCCUGAGCUGAAGAUUCAGGGAAAGGAGGCAUCAAAUCAGCCAGAAAGAAGAGUGUGCCUUUGUGACUUUGGUCACCACAGAGCAACAGAUGGGUGUGGGCGCAGGUCCCCAUGAACUACUUUGGCUUAGGAAUCAACUCAGUUUCACAUCUGGCCAGAUUUUUCUUUUAUUUAGACUCAGAGUUUCCGGUGAUGGAGAGCCUUCUGUCUUCUACCUCUAGAUUCUUCUAGGUCUAAAGAACCAGUCAAGGGGUCUAAUAACUUCAACUGAGCUUUGUAGAUUGUGAGAUUUUGGUCUGGAUUUUGAAAAAGAUAACCAUUGGCGUGACAUGUAUUUUCAGUGGGACAGAGCUCACAGCCCUCACUCUGAGAUGCUCAGAACUUGGAUCAUCAACAGGCAAAGAGGUAUUUGUUUCCUUUCCUUAGAGAUGGCCCAUCCUUGGGGUCUGCUGCUGCGAGGGAUGUCUGAACAGCUGGCAUGCAGUUUCCUGCUUUAUUGUUUGAUGAACGGUGUCAGUAUUUCUCUCUCACCUCGUAGGCCUCAGCGUGGGCGCUGUUGACAGGUCUCGUGUGGGCAGCGUGUAGAUCUGUUCUCUCUCUGAGCUCGUCACUCAUGGCCCCCUCUUCAGCCCGUCCGCUGUUGCCACCUUGUGCUACAGGAGUAUUCAUGAAUGCACAAAAUGCAGGAAAGAAGUGGGUUUAAUAUCCAAUUUCCUAGCCAGAGCUUAUAUUGAAACCCAAAGGCAAACAUUGAAAGUUACUCCCCAUCUCUCCUUUUGAAAAACAAGUGCUCUGGGUCCUGCGGCACAUUUUGCAUGCCUUUUCACACUCAGCAGACGCCAGCCUCUCUCCUGUUCAAUUAGCGCUCGCCACUUAAAGUUCUUCCAGCGGCAUCUGCAUAAUCAUUGCCCAGAGAUGCUUUAUAUCUGGGAAGCCGGCCAAGGAAUAAACCUUGAAGCAAAGUCUAUUAAAUUAGUUAUCUAGUUAGAGCUUUUGGAAUGACUUCCUGAUGAUGCACCGAGUCUGAAGCUGGAGCUCUUGGAAUCUGUUGCCGUAGUCUGGGUUUGAAAGGAGAAAAUUAAAAAUGGGAGGGUGGGGGACAGGGGCAAACUCAUCCCACAACAAAGCCGUCACACACUUCCAGGCCUCUGGUUUUGAAGUUGUCCAGUUGAAAUGUCUCGAUUCUUUCCCCCACACUCAUUUGGAUGCAUCGGCCCGAGUCGAGCCGAGCCUGCCACCUUCUUGAUUCCCCUUUCCUGCCCUCCCAGGGGCCUUCAGAGCACAUUCCCCUUUAUGGCAAGUCACGUUUAUAAUCAGGGCCCCAGAACUGAGCGGACGCCAGGACAGGGACUGCCAUUGUUCCUUGUCUUGUUGGAGGGCAUGGCAGGACUGUCUUGUGAUGUCACCCUCUUCGUUCAGU